AUGUCAGCAAAAGAACCACCUGCAAAAAACUUUCCGCUGCUCAGUUUACCUGAUCUUGCUCAAAAAACUGUGAUGGAUAUUAUGAAGGUUCUAGAGAAAUACAAGCUCUCCACCCUCUCCAAACGAUCACGAAAAAUGAUAAAAAUGAGUUGCCCUUUGGGAAGCUAUCAGCUGGAGAUCCUAGCUUCUAGCAUCUUCAUCUGUUUCAAUCUAUCCGACCCACGUGAAAACGAUCAAUUCGACGAGAUGCUCAUUCUCGAGUUACGAGAAGACGAUGACACUUUCCCUCCAUUCCAGGAAGGAGCUAUAGUCAGACCCCAUCAAAAUUACCAAGAAACGGUGCCAGCAGAGAUUCGUUUGCUUUUCGAGGUGUUUAACAAGCCUGUCACUAGAAUUUUUUUGAUAGAACACACCCCGUUGAUUGAGGAUAUAACAAGGCUGAUGGGGGUGCUGGAACAUAAACUAACAUUGGUGUGUGCCGGUACAGGGCGCCAAAACGAUCAAGCCUUUAUGCAAGUUAUGCAACAAUGCAAUCCAGUGACCAAACGUCUGGAAAUGUAUUACGAUAUUAAUCAAGGCUCCACAUUCGACUUGACCAACAUCGCCCCGUUUACCUAUGACCAAUUGCUUAUCAGUAACUCGCAAUGGUUGAGUUUCCCUCAGAUUAUUAGUCACUUUAUGGAUUGCAAGCAUUUGCAUUUGAGAUGGUUCCGAGAGGAGUCCAAUGGGCUCCCGGCGUUUUUGGAGAGAUGGAUGGAGGGGUGUGCUAUGGAGCAUGUUAACUUCUCUAUCCGAUGGCCCAUUCAGUUGAGAAUGAUUCUCGAGGAGAUGAGGGUUGAGCAUACUGUAGUUGAUGUCAGCGAUUAUAAGAUUCCAAACCGUGAAAUCUUCAAACCGCGUGAACAACCACCGGCGCCGCCCAUCACAACAUUCAUCAUCCGUCGCCGGUGUAACGGACAAGAGACCCUGAUCUCCCAGAAUGGAUUUCAAUUCUUCCUCUCAACUAAUUGUCGUCUUUUAACCGAAGAGGAGAAACUAAAUCCAGUCGAAGAUUUUACCGAUUGGGAUUUAUCCCAGAAUCCGUUUAAUGGUGUUAUGGAGCGUGGCGAAAAUUUCAGAAUAGUAGGCGGAGGGGGUGGAGGAGGAAGAGUCGUCGUGGAUCAAAAUUCAGAUUCAGACGACUGGGGUGGACGUGUCGACACAGAUGAUAGCGAUUCGUCGGGGUGGUAG